CGCAGCCCGCAGUUGGGCGAGGUUCUUCUCGUGUGGGGAUCAAGAAUCGCUAUAACGAUCACAUCAACCCAUCGUUGGCAUUCGGACUGCCUAUUACUGCGGCUUGGCUUUAUUCUACAAGAAGUCCUUGAACAAGUCUAUCAUCAGCCUGAGGUGGCAACGCGCAUGGUUCGGGCUACACGGUUCUCGGUCUCGGUAAAACACGUUGAAGCGCAGCCCCUCCCGAUGGAUUGACUUCUGUCAACCCCCCUCUUUUGACGGGACCUCAGGCACCAUGGUAUGCCAGAAAGUUAUCAAGAUCAAAUCCGAGUCAUGUCAGUGAACCACACAGGCCUUCCAAUCCCCCUACUCAUAGACGACGAACACUCAGCGUAUGGCUAUCGUCCUACAUUCUGGAUAUGCAUCCUCUACGUCGCUCUUUUUUCUACUACUCUAGUAAUCCACGUAUGGCAAACAAUCUCAUCCCGUUACUGGUUCUUGGUACCGACGGUUAUUCUUGGUGCCGUUUUGGAGGUGUUGGGGUGGGCUGGGAGGUUGUGGUCGAGUCGGGAUCUUGGGCUUAGAGAUCCAUUUAUGAUGCAGAUAUGCUGCCUCAUCCUCGGACCUACUCCUCUUCUUGCUGCCAAUUUUGUCAUCUUUGGAAGGCUGGUUGGGGCGUUGGGAGAAGGGUUUAGUCGGUUACGACCUAGGUUUUAUACGUAUGUUUUUCUGAGUUGUGAUAUUGUGUCGCUCGUUUUACAAGGCAUCGCGGGAGGGUUCGCAGCGACUGCUGAUCCUGGGACUUCUCAAUACGAUCUUGGAACGAACCUUAUGGUUGCUGGUAUUGGACUACAAGUUGCCAUGAUGACCAUCUUUGUUAUUCUGGUCGGAGAAUACACCGUCCGGUAUAUCAAUGACAGGCCUCUGAAGAGGUAUCGGACGACUCAGAAUCGGAGCACGGGGACUCAGAGUAUGCGCCGGUUCCCGUUAGAUACGCGUCGUCAGGUCUUACUGUUUGCUAUGGGCAUUACGACGCUCCUUUUAUUCAUUCGCGCGAUCUACCGUCUCAUCGAGCUCAGUGGAGGGUGGCAGAGCCAAGUUGCAAGAACGCAGUGGUUGUUCAAUGUAUUCGACGCGGCUUUGGUCACUGUUGCGUUUUUCACGUGGAAUGUCGCGCAUCCUUCUCGUUUGCUUGUCGGACAUCCUGGAGAGAUUGAUGUUCGGAUGAAGGAAAAGACUGGAGGUGCGCUUGAUAGGAGUCAUUCUGGAUCUGAUGAGUCGAGUGCUUGAAAUUUUUUUGAAUGGGGAAAUAGGAGGAUGGAAGGAUGGGGAAAACCUCUCUAGGGAUUUAUGAUCGUUGGACUUGGGAUUUUAUACGGACCUUUUCUGUAGAUAUUAGAAUCACAGUUUCGCGGGCUAGAAUAAGAGUGCAGAGCUCAAUCAUGGUAAUAUCAGUACUUCACGAGGUGCUGGGUAUGAUGCAACAUUCGUACCGCUUAUAUAUCGCUGAUUUCAUUAUCAACCGUGGGUGUAUUCGAACGUUCGGAUAUAGAUACAUUCCUGGUCGAACAAAAAACAUUGCCGAUGGAGACCUGGA